AUGGCUACUCAUCUUCGUGCCAGCCCCUGGCGCACUUACCAGUGCCUCGCCCGGCAGCGGAUCCGGCAACCCUCCAUCACUCCCAGGUCGCUCUCCACGACACACUCACUCCGAUCCACCAACAAUGCCGGCAGCAACCCACUCCGCUCAACAGGGCGCGCAAAGACCGAACAGGAUGUCGCAAAGUCCAAGCGGUCAAUCGCCUUCUCGAUCGUUGGAAUGGUCGCUUGCGGUGCCGCUAUGUACGGCAUGAUCAAGCUGGACGUGUUCGGGCUCGAUGCGCUAGACGCGGGCAAAAACAAAGGCUCCGAAGCAGAGCAGGUCAAGCAGAACAAGCUCGAGCUUACACCAACAUCAAACGGAUCCAUGAAGAUGGACGGACCACCCGGGUUCCCAAGCACGGGCGGACCUUCCGUAAUUCCCCUGCACGGCCAGGACAACGUCGAGCAGGUUGCGACGGGGACCAGCACAAUCCCCUACUUCCCCGCGACAAUUCGGCUGCCGUCUGCCUCUGAAAUCGACAGCAAACAAACAGGCGACGAGUUGUCUACCUCCGACGGUGACGAGUACCAGCUCCUCGGCCUGGGCAUCCGCACCGUUUCCUUCCUCUCGAUCCAAGUCUACGUCGUGGGCCUGUAUGUCGCCAAGUCCGACAUCACUGAGCUGCAGCGGCGCCUGAUCCACACAGCCAUCCACCCGCCUACCGACGAAUCAGUCGCGAUCUCCGGCAUCGGCGCCGACGCCGCCACCUCGCUCGUCCCGCCGGAGCGCCAGCUGCUCAAGGAGCUCCUGCUCGACGCGGAGCGCGGCGACGCCGCCUGGACGGCGCUGCUCAAGGACAACGGCAUCCGGACGGCAUUCCGCAUUGUGCCGACCCGCAACACGGACUUUAUGCACCUGCGCGACGGCUGGGUACGCGGGAUCACGGCGCGCGCGCAGCAGAAGAAGCCGCCGCCUGGCGCGGCGCCGGGCGAGUUCCAGGACGCGGAAUUCGGGACGGCGAUGAAUGACUUCAAGGCUGUGUUUGGGGGUGGCCAACGCAAAAAUGUGCCUAAGGGGCAGACACUGGUGCUGCUGCGCGGGGCGCAGGGUACGCUGGAUGCGCUGUUCCAGCCGGAGCCGACGAAGCCGAUGCGGUGGAUGGGGCGUGUUGUCGAUGAGCGGGUGAGCCGGCUUGUGUGGUUGAACUAUCUGGCUGGCAAGUCUGUUUCGAGUGAAGGGGCGCGGCAGAGUAUUGUGGAGGGAUUGAUGGCUGUUGUUGAGAGGCCCGUGGGCACUGUUGUGCAGCGGGUGGUAUGA